AUGUCGUCUCCAAACGGAGCAUAUGACCAGAACCUACUUGAUGCAGCUCCCGCAGCGACGAGGGCUCAGAGGCAGGAAGGUUACAACGUCGAUUUACUCGAUGAACGUCCUACCCGCCCUACAUCCACACAACCACUCACACUUCCACAACCAAUUCCUAGCGACACCGAUGUCGAAAGCAGCUCGUUGGUACAGGAAAAGGAUGUUCCUGGAGCUGCUACACAUGCCUCGCAUCCCCCCCAAUCUUUUUGGCGGACUCGCAAUGGCAAAAUCACCAUCUUUGUUAUUGCCAUUGUCGUGAUCGGUGCUAUAGUUGGUGGUGCCGUCGGUGGGACUGUCGGGAAAAUCAGCUCAAAUAACAACGCCCCUCCCUCGUCUGGUGAGACACCUGCCACUUCCACGUCGGCGACAAAUACCGACGCGGGAGUAGCACCAGACACAUCCACCCAGCAGCCAGUGUCAAGUAAUCCAGCGACACCGACACGCAGCCCGCCAGCAGCAUCCACUACAUGA